AUGGGGGGUGCAAAAGACCAACGAGCUCCAAUAAAAGGCCCAUUGCCACGGAUUACUAAUAUAAUAGUGAACAACUUCAGGGGAAUCCUUGGAGUUUUAGUUCCUAUAGUGUUUUUGACAUGGAGAGUUGAAAAAGGGAAGGAAGGAAUAUUUUUAUUCAUAUUUUCAUCAAUGGUGAUAUUGCUGCUAAAUAAUUCUGGUGCCGAUCGUCGCAUAGCUUUGAGUAUAAUAUGCAGUGGGAGUAGCCAAGGUUUUUGCGAGAAAAGAUCUUGCUUAGAAGCUAAUAACCAGUAUCCAGAAAUUUUCAACUAUCUACAGUAUUCAUUUUUUGCUGUUCCGGUGGCUAUCAUCAUGUACAUUGUUAAUUUACUAUAUCAUACAAUUUUAUUGUCAAUAACUACAGACAAACCUUUGAGUGCAGCUAGUAUUGCCGAUGUGAGAAGUCAACUGCUCAAACAAAAAAGUAGCAUUCCACACAAAAUUACAUCUCACGAAUACGUAAGUGUAACUUAAGAGUGGUUUUACUUCAUUGCCACAACGCGUUGAGGUUGAAUAGCAUGUCAGAUAUGAUACGUAUUCAGCUAUGUGGUUAUUUCGUUCUUGCCAAAAUGGGUCGCGUGCAUUUCUGUUAGAGCCAUAACAUGAAUUUCGCUAUGUGGUACUGUUCAGCAAUUGCCACAACGCGUUGUGAUCUAUUGUUUCGCUCAAUGAGCGGUUUCAAUCUUUGAUGUAACAUGUAGCGUAACAAGUACAAAUAUAUGUAUAAUACUAUAUUUUAUUUUAAUUAUUUGCAGGAGUUUCUUAUUGAAAAUAAGCACUAAUGAAUAUUUCUUAUUGAAAAUAAGCACUAAUAAUAAUUAUGGCCCAUUCUCUUUAUUCAUUUGAUUCGAUUCCAUUCAUAGGGAAUGCCUUUGCCCUGAUGACGGGGUGAUAGGCUGAUGGAAGCUAUAUUGACUGACUACUUGACGACCUUCGUAACCGAGUGGUUCUCACGCCGGUUCGAUUUCACCAUCUCGAUUUCCGGUUGGAUCAAUGUAUAAAAUUAACUUUUCUAUAUUGUUUCGGAUCUGGGUGUUGUGUUACCUUCGUUGUCUUAGCUACUCCAUGAUACGGGGGCUUUAGUUACUUAUCUUGGAAUCUGAGCAAUGUAUGUGAUUUUGUCUGAUAUUUAUUUAUAUUUGUGUAACAUUAUUGAUAACACCAAAUACAGAACAUACAUAGAACAAAAAAUACUCGUAUUAGUUGAUAAUAUAUUAAUUUUAUGUGAUUGAAAUAUUUUUAGGCGCUGGUGUAAGUAUAGACGCAGCGACAAAAAGUACAGGACUUUAUAAAGACAUAACUGCGCACGCAGGAGCUCCUAUUACCAAUUUAGCUUGGCACAUAGCACUGCUGCUUAUCUGUCUCGUGUCCAGCGCCAUGGCAAAUGCGAUGACUGGUGUUGCUGCAGUUGUGGUUAUUCUACCAUUCAUACUAAACAUGCUUGAUGCCAACAAUUUGUAUUUUCGUUUGCUGCAGGCAAAAUAUUCGUUUUUGAGUGUAAUACUUUGUUGCCUCGUACUUUGGGUUGCCCUUAUCAUCUAUGCACCAGUUAUAUGGGAUCCUUCUGGUGCUGGGAUCGUUUGUGCACCAGCUGCUGCCGUCGGAGGUGCUGCGGCUACCGAAGCACCCGGAGAAGGUGGUGGUGGUGAAGAGGCUUGA